GUAUACAAUGUUUCCCGGCGAGAUGUGACUAUGGUGCACAAGGAGGCGGGUGUAAGAAUAAUGCAGACGAUACAGCUACAUCACAUAAAUCAACAGCAGCAAUCGAAAGUUUUUUUGACAAGCAGGGUAGGAACAUAACCAACCAGUUUUUCAAACGUAGUGGCGUGGACUAGGAAUAAUGAGCAACGCUGGGGAACAAAAAGCAACGACUAUACCUCAUGUAGUCUCGGAGGAGGUUGUUGCAGCCGGGAAAUGGGUCAAACUGGAAAAGACGACCUAUGUGGACCCCAGUGGAAGCACAAGAAUCUGGGAGACAGUAAAGAGGACAACGAGACAAGGCAAUUCUGACGGUGUGGGAAUAUUUGCCCUUCUAAAGAGAACUCUCCACAAAGACUGUGUGGUCCUGGUGAAGCAAUUUCGUCCACCGAUGGGGUGCUACACACUUGAGUUCCCAGCAGGGCUUAUGGAUGAAAACGAGACCGCAGAGGUGGCUGCACUGAGAGAGCUCAAGGAAGAGACAGGAUACCAAGGCGAAGUGGUCGCGGUCACUCCAGUGACGUGUCUGGACCCUGGCUUGUCAAACUGCAGCACAAAUAUAGUCGUGGUGAACAUCAACGGUGACGAUCCUGUGAAUAUCCAUCCCACGCAGCAGUUAGGUGAGAGGGGGUGUUAUGUGUAAGGGAGCAGGUAGAAGGAAUGGAUGUACUGUACUCUCAGAUCAUGAAAAUGUUAAAUGCAUGUUUUAAAAUAUAAAUAUCCAUCCCAGACAUAUUGUUCUUCUCAGUCCAUAUGCAUGGCAUCCAGGAUUGGAUCAUUCUGACCAUUCUCUCUUGUCUUUUUCAGGUGAUGGAGGUAUGGGUUUGUUCAUACAUAUAUUCACGUAGACACACCUUUACUAUAUUUUGAAAGCCCUUGUAUGUUGAAAGUCAUGGCUUUGCUUUAUUUUACAGAAUUUGUGGAUGUGAUUCUUCUACCUCUUAAUGAAUUCCAAACUAGAAUAGAUGAUUUGCUGAAGAAGGAGAAUCUGGUGGUGGACUCCAAGGUUUACAUCUACGCUAUGGGAAUGGUACAGGCCUUGGCCAAGCCGAAUGAGCUGCCAGUGCUGAAGCAGUGAGAGAAGCUCUUCCUACAGUUACAUUCAAAUCUACAUUCAGCAUUCCAUCUUACUGUGGUAGCUUUGGAGAACAUUCCUAACUCUCACUAACAAAACUUACCUUAGAGGAACUUGUGUCAAAAGGUGCCUUUUUAAGCCCAAAAUUAAUUUAUGUCCUUGUCCUUCUCAAAGAAGGCCAUAGAUCAUAGUCUUAGCCAUCUUUGCUGAAUGGAAUCAUGAGGAAUACACUAUGGUGCACAGUUGACCAUUCAUCUGCUGUAAGGUGGAAUUAAAUUACUAAUUGUCUAUCUAGACUGUUACGAAAUAAUAAACAAGUUAUUUGUA